AUGGAGGCCAGUGCAGGUUUGGUUGCUGGAUCCUACCGGAGAAACGAGCUUGUUCGGAUCCGACACGAAUCUGACGGAGGGGAUCCAAAAUUGGAUCAUGGAAAAAACUCAGAUUCCGAUCUUUCACUGAGAUUUAUAAGCUUCUGUCAGUGUAGUUGGUUAGUGUCUGCUUAUCAAAGCGGCUAA